GAGGAGCACCGUUGCGCUGCGUCCUGGCUCUGCCUCUUGCUUGGCUUUUCGUGGGGGGGGAAAAGGAGCCGCAGCUUCUGGGCAUGGUUUGAGGAAUUGGGGGGCCCGGCGGAGCCCCGGAGCAGCGGCGCCGGCCACAAACUUCGGAGGCCCCCCUCCCAUGCUGGUAUUAGCGGUGGCUACCCUACAGAAGGAUGACCAUGAUGGGAGAUGCAAGUGAGAUGCUGGCUGCAGCUUUGGAACAGAUGGACGGCAUUAUUGCAGGGUCCAAAGCUCUGGAAUACUCCAAUGGCUUGUUUGAUUGCCAGUCCCCAACUUCUCCGUUCAUGGGAAGUUUGCGUGUGCUGCACCUGGUGGAAGACCUCCGGGGUUUGUUGGAGAUGAUGGAAAUAGACGAGAAAGAAGGGCUGAGGUGCCAGGUCCCCGAUUCAACAGCCGAGAUUUUGAUGGAAUGGCUGCAAAACCAAAUGAUUAAUGGACAUCUGUCUGCCAACGGAGACGUCUACCAGGAACGGCUGACCCGGCUGGAGAGCGAUAAAGAAUCUCUUGUCCUGCAAGUGAGCGUCCUCACUGACCAAGUGGAUGCUCAGGGAGAGAAGAUCAGGGAUCUGGAGUUGUGCUUGGAAGAAAACAGAGAGAAGCUGAAUUCAACGGAAGAAAUGUUACAGCAGGAGCUCCUAAGCAGAACAUCUCUUGAAACUCAGAAGUUGGAUCUCAUGGCCGAGGUCUCCAACCUGAAGCUGAAGCUGACGGCGGUGGAAAAGGACAGGAUGGAUUACGAAGACAGGUUCGGAGAUGCAGAUGAUUUGAUGCAGGAAGUUAAUGAUUUGCGGUUAAAAGUAGGAGAAAUGGACAGGGAAAGACUACAGUAUGAGAAAAAGCUUAAGUCUACCAAAGAAGAACUAUUGUCUUUAAAAGAGAAAUUAGAACAGAAGGAAUCGGAGAUAAAACGACUGCAUGAGAAACUGGUCCUUCAAGUGAAAGAAGAUAUUGACAUAAAUGACAAAGAUGACAAUUGUAAAAAGAAGCUGAAAGACAAAAAUGUUGAGGUUCAAAAGAUGAAGACGGCCGUAGAAUCUCUACUGGCAGCAAAUGAAGAAAAGGAUCGGAAGAUUGAGGAGCUUCGCCAGUCCCUAAAUCGCUACAAGAAGGUGCAGGAUAUGGUCAUUUUGGCUCAAGGGAAGAAAGGCAAGGAUGAUGAAAGUGAGGAAUCUGGGAGUCCAGCAUCGGUUUCCUCCAUUUUGUUAGAACCGCAGAAUCUAAGCGAAGCUGAGAAAAGUCCCUCUUCUACUCCGCUUUCAAGUUCUCCAAACCAUGAAGCCUUGCGGACAACAGAUUCCGAAGAGAAUUCCAUCCAGCUCCACACCAGCGUCUUGCAAGUUUCCAUUCCUUCUUUUUCGCAGUCGUUCAGACGUUCAGAAGAACAGACCGAAAGAGGAAACGUCCCAUCCAAAACGGAAAGUGAAAGUGAAAGCAGCGAGAAACAGGCGAAUUCCAUCCAGCUCCACACCAGCGUCUUGCAAGUUUCCAUUCCUUCUUUUUCGCAGUCGUUCAGACGUUCAGAAGAACAGACCGAAAGAGGAAACGUCCCAUCCAAAACGGAAAGUGAAAGUGAAAGCAGCGAGAAACAGGCGGUGGUUUCCAUAGAAACCCAGCUAAGUGAUACAAAAAUCAUGAAGCAUCUCCAAGCAAGCUGCAUAGCUCCGGGGAUUUAUCGAAUUUUUUCAGCUCUACAAAAAUCUAGCAGUCUUGGAAACUUGAAGAAAGACGCCUCAGAGGAUAAAGAGUCCAGAGACAAGCUAGAAGAGAAUAAAUCGCCGGUGGAGAAUAGCAAAUAUGUAACCCUUCCUUGCAAGUCCCCCGGCGAUGAAGAUGCUUUCGGAUCUCGCAAAGCCAGGUCGUCCUUCGGCCGAGGUUUUUUCAAGAUCAAAAGUAACAAAAGGACAGCAAGCGCACCUAACUUGGACCGCAGUCGAAGUGCCAGCGCGCCCAUCUUAGCAGAGACUGAGAAAGAAUCCCCCGAUCACUUAGAUCUGGCUGGCUUUCCUCCUCCAUCCAAAGGUGCGGAAGGCGGACCGCUUACUCCACCUUCUCCUGACUCCAAGAAGAAAGCGAGAGGAAUCAAGAAAUUGUUUGGCAGACUAAGGAGAAGCCAGUCCACCACGUUUAAUCCUGAUGAUAUGACGGAAACCGAGUUCAAAAGAGGAGGAACGAGAGCGACGGCUGGUCCAAGGCUAGGCUGGUCAAGAGACCUUGGGCAAUCUAAUAACGAUCUGGACAUGCCGUUUGCUAAGUGGAGGAAAGAGCAAGUCUGCAGCUGGCUUCAGGACCAGGGCCUGGGUUUUUACAUCGGAAAUGGAAAACACUGGAUACUCUCCGGCCAGACGCUCUUGCAAGCAUCCCAGAGCGAUUUAGAAAAGGAACUUGGAAUAAAACAUCCGCUACAUCGGAAAAAGCUACAACUUGCGCUUCAAGCUUUGGGAUCUGAAGAAGAAAACAAUUAUGGGAAGUUGGACUACAAUUGGGUUACAAGAUGGCUGGACGACAUUGGACUGCCCCAGUAUAAGACACAAUUCGAUGAAGGGAAAGUGGACGGCCGAAUGCUUCACUACAUGACCAUCGACGACUUGUUGUCUUUGAAAGUUCUGAGUGUCCUUCACCAUCUCAGCAUCAAGCGAGCCAUUCAGGUCCUCCGAAUGAACAACUUUGAACCCAACUGUCUGCGCAGGAGACCGUCGGAUGAGAAUAACAUCACCCCAUCAGAAGUUUCUCAAUGGACCAAUCACCGAGUAAUGGAAUGGUUGCGUUCUGUUGACCUGGCCGAAUAUGCUCCUAAUUUAAGAGGAAGCGGAGUUCAUGGGGGUUUAAUGGUUCUGGAACCUCGUUUUAACGUAGAGACCUUGGCGCAGCUGCUUAACAUCCCACCAAACAAGACACUGCUGAGACGGCACUUGGCCACCCAUUUCAAUUUGCUGGUUGGAAGCGAAGCUCAACAGGAAAAACGUGAAGCCAUGGAAGCUCCUGAUUACGUCCUUCUCACAGCUACCGCCAAAGUGAAGCCAAAGAAACUCGCCUUCAGUAACUUUGGGAAUUUGAGGAAGAAGAAGCAAGACGAUGGAGGAGAAGAAUAUGUGUGCCCUAUGGAUUUGGGUCAAGUAGCAGGAACCGGAUCCAAGAAAGGGUUUAAACCGGGAUUAGAGAACAGAGUUUACGACGAUGAUGACCUGGACAGAUUGGAACAGAUGGAAGAUUCCGAAGGGACCGUGAGGCAGAUUGGAGCGUUUUCUGAAGGCAUCAACAACUUGACCCACAUGUUGAAGGAGGACGACAUGUUCAGGGACUUGGCCACCCGUUCCCCCAGUGCCAGCAUCACCGACGAGGACUCGAAUGUGUGACCGGGGCAGCUGGGGAACCUAUCUGGAGCCCUGCCGCUGUCUUGUACGUGAUGGACACAGCACCUCGUGCGAAGUCAUUUUUUUGCUUCCGGUUCGCAAGAACUGAUGGCGGAGAGGGGAAUGAUCGUAAGAAGUCUUACCAUCCAAGUUCUGGUAAAUUGAUGAGAUGGGAAGAAAGGACCCACCCAACCCGUUUCCCUCCCCCACCUCCGGCGUCAUAGCAAUUUGUGCCAUUCUUCUAAAUAAGACUCGACAGCAUAAUGUUUUAGUGUGUACAAUGUGCCAUAAUGUACCCUUGUAAUUUUCUUUUUUACUCCAGUAAUGCAAAAAAAAAAGGGGGGGGGAGAGGGGGGAGGAAAAUAACCCUCUGCAGACCUCUGACAUUAGCAUCCGUGGCCAAGAUAAAAAAUAAUAACAAUUUUCCUCUUCUUUGAAUUGGCCACGUGUUGAAAACCUUGUGUGAUUUUUUUUUUUUUUUAAAAAUGCCCGUUUUUAUGAAAAAAAAAUGUAUUGAGUACAUAAUAGGCCAGACGUUUUAUACUUAUGAUGUGUUUUCAAAGCCUAAAAACCCAGCUGGAUCCUGGAGAAACCAAUUCCAACCCUUCCAAAUUGUUUGCACGGAACUCCCAAUUCCUUUCCUUUCUUUCUCUCCCUCCUUCCUUCUUGCAAGAGGGAUACAUGCUCCCUGACACGGAGAACAAAAUCCCUCGACAAUUUCUCUGACCCUGCAGUUGUUGAAAACGGGCCCCCGUUUCCUUUUAUAAAAUAACAAGUUUUUUUUUUAUAACGUUUUAAAGUUUAGGGGUUGCAACGGAAAAUCUGGAAGCCAAGGCACGCCAGAUUUAUUUUUUCUUUCCUGGAUUGCAAAUAUUACUUUUUUUUUUUUUACCUUUUAACGAUGAGGAAUUUUAGCCAACCCACGCUAUUUUACAGUAUUAAAUUCAAAUACGAAAUCUUGCCUUUGAACCAGUGGUAGGUUCUCCUUACCUUUACUACCAGUUUGCAUCGUGCCCGUGUGCUUCUGCGCAUGCGCAGAUCGCUUUGGAUGACGUUCGGGUCAGUGGGCGGAGCCUCCCGCCGAUUUUACCACCGGUUCUAUAGAACCGGUGUGAACCGGGGGCAACCCACCACUGUUUUGAACGACCCGUUUACAAUAACCUAUUGAAUGUUUAUACAUGUUAAAGAUAAAGCAUGGUUUUUUUACUUUUUUUUUUUUAAAUGCUCAGACUUUACUCAGUAACAGUAACAGUGAGUUGGAAGGGACCUUAGAGGUCAUCUGUACUAGAGAUUUGAACCACCGAACUGCCGACUUUUCUGAUCGACAAUUCGGAUUGAAAAACUUAGCCAGCCCCCCUCCUUCUCUCCCUCUCUUUUCCUGUUCCAAUAUCACUUUCGAAUGUUUUAGUUUUAAUUCCCCCUUUUUUCUGCCUGAAGCGAUGGGGGAUGCAAAAAUUUGGAAUUUACUGUCUGGAUUAUCGGCCGGUGCUGUAGAGAUAGUGUGGACCUCAACAUUGGAAUUGCUGAUCCAAAGAUAUAUAUUUUUUGCAAGAAUCGCUAGAUAGGUUUUAGUCAGAAAUAUAGUACUGAGAUUAGCGGUUAUCGGUGGAUCCCUUCCAUUGAAUCUCAUCGGUUCUUGGGAUUGUAGCAUUUUAGAUUGGAUAAAGACUUUCAACUUUCAUCUUAUCACAUCUUGUUUCCUGAAAGGUUAAUUUUUUGACAGUUAGUUGCCUUGACUCUCCUGCUUCAGAUGAGCUUCAGUUUCAUUUGGAGAGAUGUCACAUUGGGUGGAAAUCAAAUUCUUUGCCAAUUGGUGCUAAUCUAAGAAUUCCUGCUACAUUUAUUUAGAGUUGGAGCCAUGAUUAAAAAUUCAUGGUGCUGUUGCUCUAUAAAAUUAUCGGUUUUUGCCUUUUUAAAGUCUCGAAAAGCUUCCUCAGUACAGCAAGGAUUCUUUUAAUAAUUUUCGAAAUUGAUUCACAACCGUUUUGUUUCUCAGCUUGUUCCGACGAAAGGCAGGCAACAUUUGUAAAUAAAGGUAGUUUAUGAAUUGAGGAGUUCACUUCUUUAGUUAAAAGCAAAACACUUCCCCUACCAGCAGCCCAUUCAGGUUCCUUGGUAAAAUUCGACUAAUACAAAAUUGUAUCUUCUGCUGUCUUAAAAACAGAUUUUGCACUAUUUGGAUAAAAUAUACCCAGAAAAAUCAAGCUCAGAUGCAAAAAUCACGUUAAUCCAAAGAAUCAAAUCGCAAUGCAACCAUUUUUUUAAAAAAAAAAGCUGUUAUGCAUUAUGAAGAGAAUCGGAUAUAUUAAUUUUUACUUAUGAUGAAUAUGGCUGUCUCUUUUUUUUUUCUGGUUAGGAAAAUAGCUAUUAUUAUUAUUAUUACUACGGGUCUGGGGAGAGUAAUAUAAGGCUCUUAAUUAAGCCAAGGGGUUUAUAUAAAUGCACACAAAAUGAAAUAUCGUUAUGGUAUUUUGUUGGGAUGUUUUGUGUACAACGAGGUCAGUGGAAAUAUAUGUAUUGCUGUGUUUAAAGAAAUAAAAAACCUACUGAGAAAUAAAA